AUGGAUUUCCUCAUCCGCUUUGGCGGGGUCCAUGAGACCUUUCGCUUGGUUGAGAUUCAAGCCCUGGCCAUCGUCGAAAAUGUCAAGAUGGAAGUGGUAUUCUACAAUUCAGAUUCCCCCUUCUGCAUCGUAAAGCUAGACUCCCCAGCCGCGGCAGCAGCUCUGAUAAGCCGAUCCAUCCUCAGCCAGAGCAUCCACGAGCUCUGGGCCGCGGGUGACGACUACGCCUCUCUGCACGCCGACACCAAGGCGCGGUCCGCGCACCUGUGGCCCGCCCACGAGACGGCGUCGUGGCGCUUCGACGUCGACUCGUACCGCGGCGCCCGCACCCAGGAGGCCAUCGUGUCCAUAAUCAACUCCUUUGCUUACCUGCCUCUCCGGGGCCCCAUCCGCAUGCGCGGCGCCGACACGGAGCUGACCGUCAUGGAGCACUGGGCCGACGGCGCCGUGCCGCUGGGCCUCGAGCACCCGGAGAGGCUGUAUCUGGCGCGCAAGGUCGCAUCCAGCCCGCGCAACGACCUCGUCCGCAAGUACGACCUCAAGAAGCGCAGGUACAUCAGCACCACUAGCAUGGACAGCGAGCUCGCCCUCGUCACGGCAAACAUCGCCCUGGCCGCCCCGGGGAGGCUGUUCUACGACCCCUUUGUUGGCACGGGCAGCUUCCCCGUCGCUGCCGCCCAGUGGGGCGCCCUGGCAUGGGGUAGCGACAUUGACGGUCGCGCAGUCAGGGGUGACGAGGGCGGCGUCGGCGGCAAGACGCUCAGGGGCAACUUUGAGCAGUAUGGUCUGCUGCACGGCCUCGCAGACAGCUUCUCGGCCGACCUGACCAACUCACCAGUCGUGAGGUGUCCGUUGGGUUCAGGGGGCGGAGGGAGGAGGUGGCUCGACGGGAUUAUAUGCGACCCGCCUUAUGGUGUUCGUGAGGGUCUGAGGGUGCUAGGUGUCCGGGACGCGGAGAAACAGGCACAUGUGGUCAAGGCCGGCAUGGACAUGUACAGCCUCGCUAACGCCCAGCCCAGAGAUCCCGACUUCAUCCCGCCAAAGAGGCCGUACAGCUUCCUUGCCAUGUUGGACGACCUGCUCACAUUCGCCGCUGAGACGCUCGUCGACGGCGGCCGUCUUGCCUUUUGGAUGCCUACCGCCAACGACGAGUCUCUAGAGCUGGCCGUGCCUACACAUCCGUGCAUGCGCACGGUCGCAGUCUGUGUGCAGGUGUUUAACAAAUGGUCUCGACGUCUGAUCACCUACGAGAGGAUACCAGAAAACCAUGUCGAUUCCUCAGCGCUAGCUUUGGCGUUGGCGAAUCGUGACGCUAGAGAUGGUGAACAGGGCACGACGGCCGAUGAACUGAAUCCGUUUAGGAGGGGAUACUUUACAAAGUUCAAGACGGAGGAGACAUAA